AUGGCCGAUCGAGCAACUGGACUUCCAAGUAAGGAGUCCAGCCGACAAAGAGCAGUAAAGUAUUAUACCCUUCGAGUCUCAUCACUAUCCACGGAACCCCCAGCUAUUCAGCCAAAAGGACCACUAUACCCAGGACUCCUAAGCCUCUCGGAAAGACCAGACGACGAGAUGUCGGGCAUCUCAUUUGACUUAAACGAGCUACCAUACGCAAAGCUAGACAAUAAGAUCACGGCCCGAGCGAUAGUGAACGACUUCUUAGAUACAAAGUGCCUCGAUUCAAGGUGGACCGAAAACCUCACGGACGACGAGGAUAAUACGCCUCAACCACCUCCACCACCCCUACGAAGUCCAAAAAGGAAGGAGAAGGAAGAGGGGGAAGAGAUUCGGAGGUUACGCGAGGAGUUUGCGAAGGAGAGGAAGGAUAUGGAGCAAAAUAUAAAGAGCUACGACGAAGCACUUCAGCGUACUCGACGCCCUCAAUUCAUCAAUCGCUACGCAAUACGCCAAUCAUACAAGAGCCAAAAUCACCUUAGCGGCCUUCAAACCCUUUUCUUAAAGGCUACACCCAGUUUUCUGAAAAGCCUAGACCGAGUAGCAACAAAAAUAGUCCUGAGAUUAUCAUCGGACCAGACAACACUCGAGGCCACGGGAGCUACACGCCAAAAAAGGACCCGCCAAAACCUAAGAGCAUUCCGGACAAAAUCAGCUCUCGCCAAGGACAGCGUGCAGAUUUCCGUGCCCAACCUCAGCAACCCGAGGAAGGGAUCCAGCACCCUCGGACGUACCGACAAGCUACCCACAUCUUUCAAGAGGCCACGUAUCAGUAAGAAAAAAACCAAGGGUAUAAGAAUCGCUAAGAGCGCGCUUAAGGGUACGGAUAUCACCAAGCUAAAGCUCCGGCUAAUGACCCAAAUGGCCCUGGCGAUCUUAACGAUGACCGACGAAAAGGAAACGGAGGAGAUUAGCAAAGAGAUCGAAGCUACGGAUACGGAAGAGGACCCUAGAAAAGGACGGACCACCGGCAACUAUAUCGGUAACCUCUUACCGAUCAGACCAUUAGCCAAGCACAACACGCCUGCGUACGGCACUCCAAGCGCCCUUGACGAUAAUAAUAACGAUUUCCUUAAGCUAAGAGCAACUGACCCUCACCCAAGAGCAAAAGAGUUGGCCUUCGAGUGCUUUGAGAAGCUCGCUAAAGAGCUCAAAGGCAUUCAAAGCUCUUUACGACCAGGUUUAAGAGACGAUCGAAGUCUUGCUAACAAGCUGUAUUCAGCUUAUAAAAACGUGCCAGAGACUACGAUUACACGAAUGAACUUUGCGUUUACCUCCACCGCCGCAGUUGCCGACAUCCGCCGAGCAAUUGUAUUUGCAACUGAGUCCUCCCGACCCGCCAAAGCUAAAGCUUACGCGAGCUCUAGCGAGCCACACGACCACACCUGCUUUCAGCACAACACCUUAGAAGCUGACUCCGAUUUGGACGAAGAAUACGAAUGCUUUAUUCAAGACCGCCAAUACUUCGAAAGUAAAAAAGCUGCCAAGGCUACUAAGGCAUCGAUUAAAGGCUUGCCACUUGUAUCCACGGAAGAAUUCGAUCAGUUUAUCGCAGGCCUACCAGACGAGCCGCCCGAAUCGGGCAGCUACGCCAACAUAUCAGAAGGUUUUGUGACUACCUACGGCACCUUUGACGCUAACGAAGUAUACAAGCAACUAGAGAUUCAGACGGCAUUCCACGCCCUUACCAGCUAA